AUGGCUCGUUGGCUUUCCUUCUUUGCCGAAUAUAACUUCGAGGUGAAGUACAAGCCAGGUAAGCAAAACGCUUUGGCUGAUGCGCUAUCGCGUCGACCUGACUAUGAGCUUGCUCAUGUUACGACUCUGUCGUCGUCGGUCACUGACUUAAUCCGUGCGGCAUAUGCCAAGGAUGAACAGUGUGUAGCUUUGCUACGGGCUCUUGGGAGCGAUGAGUUUAAAGACUCGGACAUAGAAUUGUCGGCACGUUUACGUGCGAGGCUACAUCGAUAUUCCAUCGAUAAUGGCCUGUUGUGCUAUCGCACGGAUAUUGAGAACAACCCUCGUAUCGUUGUACCUGUUGAUGAGGAAUUAAAGUAUCGAAUCCUCUAUGAGGCACAUGAUACUGCUAUAAGUGGUCAUCUCGGUCGUGAGAAGACUUAUAGCUCGGUGAGCCAAAGUUAUUGGUGGCCCAAACUUUAUAAGUGGGUGCGCACCUAUGUGCGUACGUGCGAAACGUGUCAACGGGUAAAACCCUCGGCACAUGCGGCGGCGCCGCUGGCUAGUUUGCCAGUACCCACUGGUUGUUGGGAGUCCAUGAGCAUGGAUUUUGUGUUUGGCCUACCGAAAGAUUCGGAAGGCAACACUGAUAUUGUGGUCUUUGUUGACCGAUUGAUCAAGAUGGCUCACUUAGCGGCUGUGCCGGAUAGCAUCGAUGCUGAAGGUACAGCAAAGCUGUUUAUCGACCGUGUGUUUCGCCAACAUGGCUUGCCUGUGUGA